ACCUCACCAAACACUGACAGUGAGUGAAAGAAGCAGUGGAGGAGAGAGAGGGAGUGGUGGAGUUGGAGGUCUGGAGAAAAAGAAGAGCAGGAGGAACGGAGGGAGACGUUACUUUCCAGAAAGGAAGCCAAGAACUGCCAGUAAACUGACGGAGGAGAAGUUAGAGAGGUCAUCAUGUCAUCACCCCCUCCGGAGAACGGCCCAGAGGACGCCAACCACCAGAGCUUCUGGAUGCCAGGGAACUAUCAGCGGACGGUGAAGAGGACGGAGGAUUCGUUCCAGGUGUGUAAUGAUAUAGUGGCGUGUUUUCAGGAGCGAGCGCGUGUGGAGCGGCAGUACGCCCAGCAGCUCAGCGAGUGGACAAACAAAUGGAAGCCCAUAGUGGACGCCAGUCCUCUGUAUGGCUCUCUGUUGCGGGCGUGGCAGUGUUUUCUCUCCUCCGCUGACCGUCUCUCCACUCUUCACGCCUCCAUCUGUCGCUCGCUGGUUUCAGAGGAUGGAGACCGGAUCAGGACGUGGCAGAAGGAGACCUUCCACAAGAAGAUUUUUGGAGGAUUCAGGGAGUCGCAGGAUUUCGACACAGGAUUCGCUCGCGCGCAGAAGCCCUGGGCCAAAAGACUCAAGAAGCUGGAGAAGGCGAAGGCCGCGUUCCACAAGGCGAGCCGCAAGGAGCACGUGGCCCGUGAGAGAGAAGCUCACGCUCAGGGAAACCCCGACAUCGCCAUCGAGAAACAGAGGAAGAUCCAGGAGGAGCGAGAGCUCGCCCAGCAGGAGACGGAGAAAGUGAAAGCCCGCUAUGAGAAGGUUCUGGAGGAAGUGACGCGCUACGCCCCGCGAUAUAUGGAGGAAAUGGAGUCCAUCUUUGACCAAUCACAGGAGGAGGAGAGGAAGAGGAUCAGCUUCCUGAAGCAGGCCUUCCUGUCCAUCCACAGACACCUGGACGUCACCAACAACGAGAGUGUGAAGGCUGUGUACAACGAGCUCCACAACACUCUGAUGAGCAUUAAUGAGCAGGAGGAUCUGCGCUGGUGGAAGAACACUCAUGGUCCAGGAAUGCCCACUGACUGGCCUCAGUUCAAGGAAUGGGUACCAGACAAGAAACAGAAAAAAAGGAAGAAAGAGGUGGAGCAUAAAGCGGUCGUCAUGGAGAGAAGUGUAAUGAUCGGUGGAGUGCGGGUCAGAGCGCUGUAUGAUUAUGUUGGACAGGAGCCGGAUGAGCUCUCCUUUAAAGCUGGUGAGGAGUUUCUGAAGAUUGAGGAUGAGGAUGACCAGGGCUGGUGUAGAGGGAUGAUGGACGGAGGCAAAGAGGGACUUUACCCCGCAAACUACGUGGAGGUGGUGUAGGGCCGUGGGAGAGACAUAUACAUGCAGUCUUUCCUGAGAUGGACUGUGGGACGUAUUUUUGAUUCUAUGAUAUCCUCUGAUAGUUUGUCACUGCUUUCAGAGAGCGUCCUGAUUGGUCAAAUUCCAGUCAGUGCAGAAUGAAAUUGAUUCUAAAGCAGCAGAGGUCAGGAAAAGAUUAUUUUUAUUGCGUUGCUUGAUACAAGUAGACCCAGUAGGCCUGUAAGAUGCGUUAAAGUCAAAUCAAUAUUGACCUUUUUUACUUUGUUAGUUCGUGUCCCUGGCCAGAUUAAGUAUAAUUCAUCAUUCAAAAGGCAAAAUUUUGUUUCGCUGUAAUCUUCCAUGUAAAUGUAAUGACUUUUGCCCUGCCUCAAAAUAUCUCUUGAUUUUUUUAAUGACGUCACUGUGCACCAGUGGGCGGGGCAAAGUAAUAUUAACCAGUAAUAUCAUGUUUCAUGUUUCCCACCUCCAGCUGUUAUAGAGAUUAAAUGCUCAGCUAGCUGAGAGACCCCCCAAUACCAUGUUUCCCUCUAAAAUACAUCACAGUGCGGAAGGAGAAUGUGUUAUGACUUCUCAUUGAAUUUAAGCUUCAAACAGAAGGAAUAUGAUAAUAAUUUCACACCAAGAAUAUUCAGGACUGUGCAAAAGUCUUGAUAUGUAGAGCUAUUUAUCUGGGCAGUAAGCAUUUAUUUGUUCAAAUAAGUGUAACUUAAGAUCUGAGAGGUCAAGGUAAGACUCACAAACUCGUAUUACAGCAGCAAAUAUUAUCUUAAUUUAGGAACGUCAUCUUACAGCAUCUUAUCUCCAGUUAGGAAAUCUGAACCUACUCGAUCGAAGUCGACAAUCAACUGUCAUGUCUGUUACCUAGCAACCGACCAUAGGCGCACAGCGUAAACACGUAAUCAAAAUGAUGAUGUUAGCUAGCCAGACAGCUAACGUUAGCUACCGUUACUGAGGUAAAAAAGAGUCAAACAAAACCGAAGUUAAUAAUGUUGUGUCAGCGCUUCGUGCUGUUUAUCAGAGUUGCCGCUCCCCAGUUUCAGUCUCCAUUUCCCAGACACUUUAGCCGAGGGCGCUAACGUUAUUCCUCCUAAUAAACAGACACGUGUUCAGC